AUGACUUCCCCAUACCCGCCCACUCCUCAAAUCUACCCUCAACAACAGUACCAAUCGAACCCAUACCCAAGCCCAGAUUCUCAGUGGCAGCAACACCCCCAAAUGAACUACGCCGCUCAACCAAUCCCCACUCAAAACGUACAAAUGCCCAGCGGAGAAACAGAAAAACAAGAUAAACCGUGCUGCUGUGCGCCUCGAGGCUGCUUCUGGACCUGGUUUGAUUGUAGGAUGAUAUGUGCGGAUUAUUGUCCGUCGUGUUGUUUUGCAUGUUGUUGA